AGUCUAGAUGGAAAUCAAUAUCUGAUGAUAAUUAUUCAACAAUGAUUUCAGUUUGCCCAGAGAUGGUUAUGGUCCAGAUAUUCUGGUUUCCUCUUUAGACUGUAAAACAUCCAGGUUGGGUUAACUGCUGGUUUAGCAAAGUUCAGUGUCUCUGAUUCCAUCUGAGAUGUACACAAAAUCUGACCAUCUAUUAAAAAUUUUACUUAAUUUUAAUAAUAAAUACAAACAUUGAACAUGACAAUGAUGAAUGUAGAGUCUCCUUCUCCACAUAUCAAAUCACAUAAAAUCAAAAUAUCAGUGUUUUAUUGAAGAAAUUGAACGUCCUAAAUUCAUUUAAGCAGAAUCAGGGUUUUCCCGCCAGUUCUCUGUGCUGUACUUCUCUUCAACCACCAGAUGGCAGCAAAGACCACAGCAGUAGAAAACAAGCGUCGCCAUGGAGACGUUUUGUUGAUUCCGAGCUGGAACUCAACUGAACACGGAGGAACUGCUCCAGGAUUAGUUCAUUGUUCUGUUUCAGAGAAAGUAUUUCGUAACUUCUGAAUCUGUUAUUCAAUCGAUCCACUUCUGUGAACCGACAGGUACUGAUUCGACCCAGUUCUGGUCAGAUCAUCUAAACCCUGAUCCACGAUUCUUAGCUUGCGCAUGCGUACUAGCAUCCUCUUUAAGUUGGGAAUUUGACCGACGUGCGUCUCUCUUCUCCUGAGUGUAGUGAUGUCACAGCGCGACAUCAUUGACUUUUCUGCGCUGGAGAAGGAGCUCAAGGCGGCGGUGGAGUCUGAGAGAAAAUACCAGCGAGAAAACCAAGCGAAGCUGAGGGCCGUGAGCCAGGGAGUGGAUUACGAUCAGUUCAGAGGUCUGGUUCUGACCUCUCACCUGAAGCCUCUGGACAAGAAGGACAGAGACGGAGCUCCACGGAAACAACCAUGGAACCCUGUAGCUCCUGGAAACACGUGAUGGACCAUCACUCCAGGCGGCACGCAGCAAUCCCCAUCCAGUAUAAACUCUGUGGUGUGAUCCUGCUGUUUGUUCAUUUAAAAGUUUAGCUUCAGAUGUUUUACUUUAAAACAUUGAUUUGAUUUUUAUCUGUUUAUUAAACACCAAGAACUCCAAAUGAAAGCUCACAGUUUCUCCUUAAAUGUUUCUAAUAAACUUCUCAUUU